UGCUUCAGUACAAAGAAGGCUGUGCACAGAGUGCAGUCGUCCUAGGUAACAGGAUCGCUCACCCAGAGAAGAAAUCAAUCGCCCCUGCGCAGCAGGCAAAGCAGGCACUAUGAAUUUUGAACAAGUUACGCCAAAAAUUUCAUUGGACGCUUUACGCGCUUUAAAUGAAUUCAACAACAAGCAUGGUAUUCAUAUAAUCUACAAUUAAGAAACAAUUGAAGCAGGAUGCUACAACGCCAAACUCCAAAAGUAAUAACACUGGCGGAAAGAACCGUGUACAGCAUAACAGAAAAGACCGGUAUAAAGCCUUUUCCAGGAUACAAUAUACAACAGUUGGUGCGCUUCGUGAAACGUUCCAAAAUGUACGCGCUUGCGGCAGGUGGAAAGAUUGAAGUAGGAAUUCGUGAUUCCAGGGAUAAUAACUAUUACAUUCACACGUGCCUCAAAGGGUGCUGGUUAACGAAUGAAAUUAAAAAUUUCAAACCGAGAGGUCCGCCUGCCCUACAGGAAGCCAUGUGGUUUGGCUUGUCUUUUGAAAGUGGCAACGUGUUAAAGGGCUACCUGAAUGGAGUAGAAUUCGGCCGCUACGACGGAGUGGAUUGGAGCAGUGUAAAUGACGAUAUCUACUUUCAACACAGUUAUUUUAACACCUGCAAAGUAAUGCAGAUGCACCUUUUUGCAAAUGAUGCUACACAACUUUUCUUGAACAGACGAUGGGAAAACUGCACCGCCUAUCAGCUCUACUGUGGAUCGGUUGUGACAAUAAAGUGCAGAUACACCUACAACACUUCAUCGUACCAAGGGCUCAGCUUCGCCAUCGGAAACGUCAAUGGAGCCAAAACAGUAGUCAACUUCCCAGCGUAUGCCAAUACUGGCGAAUCCUACGUGGUACAAAUAUUUGUCGGCGAAACUGUAUAUAAUAUUGUUACAAAAAAUGAAUCUAAAGUAAUCCAUAACCAGUCCUUUAAAAACACCAAAAAAAGGACUUAUCUAGACUUCGCAUCACACAACAUCGUCUUAGACAACGUCUUCAUGGAAACAAGUGGGAGUCCAUGGAAAUAGUAUGGGAAAAGAACGUUUUUCUACACUGAUGUUCCUGUUUUACCAUCGAAUACUUCCGGAUACUGAAAAUAAACAUGUUCUUACCCGCUG